CAUACAAAUAAUAUGGUAAUUUUAAUUCAUUUGGUUCCCCAAUCACAUUCUCUUUCAUUUUGUUUGGACUGGUAUCGGUAAAGGUUAGUUGUUUCGUGUCGUCGUGGAUCCGUUCAGAUCUCAUUCAAUCCAAGCAUCGAUGUGUCUGCAUUUCAUCUUGACGAUGCAUUGUUGAACCUCAACCUGCGCUUCUUCUAAUCCAGUUAUCGUUCUUCCGUACACUUCACACUUUCGUCAACAAUGGCGGAUGUUGCCGGAGUCACAGUGAGUCCCUCUAUUGGCGAAACCAGCGAUGCACAAAAGAAUGUGUUCGAUUUGGGAGCAUUUGUUGGUGACCUAACUUUGGAAGAGGAUCCGAGCAGCGAUGAUAUAUCGUUGGAAGGACUAGAGCAGGAACUGGAAGAGUGUAGGAACAAUGAUGUAGUUGCUAAUAUACUUUCUAAAGGUACCAAACUUAGGGACUACACGAAAGGAGUAGAGAACGAUUUGCGUAAAGUUGAAUUGGAUUCAAUUCAGGAUUACAUUAAAGAAAGUGAUAAUCUAGUCUCUCUUCAUGAUCAAAUUCGUGAUUGUGAUAGUAUUUUGUCACAGAUGGAAACUCUUCUAAGUGGAUUUCAGGCUGAAAUUGGUUCCAUUAGUUCAGACAUAAGGAUACUCCAGGAGAAGUCUAUGGAUAUGAGUUUGAGACUUAAGAAUCGCAAGGUGGCUGAAUCCAAAUUGGCUAAGUUUGUGGAGGACAUAAUAGUGCCUCCUAGGAUGGUUGAUGUUCUUGUUGAUGGAGAGGUCAAUGAAGAAUAUAUGAGAACACUAGAGAUUCUCAGUAAAAAACUGAAGUUUAUAGAAGUAGAUCCAAUGGUUAAAGCUUCAAAAGCUCUAAAAGAUGUUCAACCUGAGCUUGAGAAGCUCAGGCAGAAAGCAGUUUCAAAGGUGUUUGACUUUAUUGUUCAGAAACUUUAUGCACUGAGAAAACCCAAAACCAAUAUCCAAAUACUUCAACAAAAUGUCCUUUUGAAAUACAAGUAUGUUGUUACCUUCCUCAACGAACACGGCAAGGAAAUAUACAAUGAAGUUCGUGCUGCGUACAUUGAUACAAUGAAUAAGGUUCUUAGUGCUCAUUUUCGUGCUUAUAUACAAGCAUUGGAGAAAUUACAAUUGGAUAUAGCAACAUAUAAUGAUUUAAUUGGUGUAGAGACAAGAAGCAGUGGUCUAUUCACCAGAGCAAGGGAACCGCUGAAGAAUCGAUCUGCGGUAUUCGCACUUGGGGAUAGAAUUAAUAUAUUGAAGGAAAUUGAGGAACCUGCAUUAAUUCCACAUAUAGCUGAAGCAAGCUCCAUUAAAUACCCAUAUGAGCAACUGUUCAGGAGCUUGCAGAAACUGCUUAUGGAUACUGCUACUUCAGAAUAUAAUUUCUGUGAUGAUUUCUUUGGAGAAAAACCUAUAUUCUAUGAAAUUUUUGCAGGUCCAUUUGGCGUCAUUGAUGAGCACUUCAAUUCAGUACUUCCAAAUUGUUAUGAUGCUAUUGGCCUCAUGCUUAUGAUUCAAAUAAUACACAAGCAUCAGCUCAUCAUGUCUCGGAGACGGAUUCCAUGCCUGGAUUCAUAUUUAGACAAGGUCAAUAUAUCCUUGUGGCCUAGAUUUAAAUUGGUAUUUGACAUGCACCUCAACAGCUUGCGUAAUGCAAAUGUGAAGACAUUAUGGGAAGACGAUGUUCAUCCUCACUAUGUCAUGAGGCGAUAUGCUGAGUUUACUGCUUCUCUUAUCCACUUAAACGCUGAAUGUGGAGAUGGUCAGCUUGAUUUGAAUUUGGAACGACUUAGAAUGGCUGUUGAUGACUUACUUAUCAAGCUUGCGAAGAACUUCGCAAAACAAAAACUACAAACAGUGUUUCUUAUAAACAACUAUGAUAUGACAAUUACAGUUUUGAAGGAAGCAGGACCUGAAGGUGGAAAGAUUCAAAUGCACUUUGAAGAACUACUGAAGAGCAAUACAACAAUAUUUGUGGAAGAACUGCUUCAAGAGCAUUUUAAUAGUUUGAUCAAGUUUGUAAAGUCUAGAGCUUGUAAGUAUCACAACAAGGACAAUGUAUUGUUUUUUAUCUCAAUUUUGAAAUAUACGGGCUUGAUUGUGUGUAAUUUUUCAGCCGAGGACCCAACAUCAGGUCCAGAUAAACCUAUAACUGUCGCCGAAGUCGAGCCGCUAGUGAAGGAUUUUGCGAGUAGGUGGAAGGCUGCAAUCGAGCUGAUGCAUAAAGACGUUAUUACUUCUUUCAGCAACUUCUUGUGUGGUAUGGAGAUCUUAAGGGCUGCGUUGACUCAAUUGUUGCUCUAUUACACAAGACUCUCGGAUUGCAUUAAGAGGAUCGUGGGUGGAUCUGCAUUGAACAAGGAUCUUGUUUCCAUAUCUUCAAUCAUGUACGAAAUUAGGAAAUACUCGCGGACUUUCUAAUCUCUUCAGGAUGUCAUUGUUAUGUACUGGGUCUAAAUCACAAUCAAUGAUAUUCCUUUUAAUAUUAUGCCAAAAAAAAAAACAUUUUUGUAUCCUUUCAAUGAAAGAUAGCUUUGCUUCUUUCGGGACGCCCAAACAUGGGCACUUUUUGGUGCAACCUAUUUGGGAAUUACAGAAGUACAGAUAAUAUAGGUUCAAAGCUCACCAUUGUUGUAUCAUGGCAAACGCAUCAGUUGUUCAUGUGUGGUUUUUUAUACUGAGUAAAUUCUUGUAGAUUUUCUUUUCUUCUUUUCAAAACCUUGAUUUAAGCAUUCUCAAUAGAAAGCUGAUCAAACUAGAUGUAAUAAUAAUAGUGAAAUCCAUGUAUCCGUUUCAUUGUGCAAGUAUCACUGUAUGAAAUUACUAUUAUUUUGCCUUCAA